UCAGUUUUGUUUUGGUGGCUGACAGACACGUGAGCUGCUGACGUCACCAGGCAAGAGGCGACAUGGCGGCGGACUCUUUGGUCAAGGUAGUGUUUGAACGUGAAGGAGUUUUUAUUCACACCAGCAGUGAUGAAGAUGGCAUCGAGCAGGAUUUACUCGUCUCAGGAUCACUUCGGAUCGUUGACAAGGAUGCAGAGAUGAUGGUGGAGUACAGACCUCUGGAGGACUCCGUCGACUCCACAAACAUGCUGUGUGCUGGAAAGGACUCGAGCUCAGUGGUGGAGUGGGUCCAGAGUUCAGGGGAGCGAUCCAAUCAGCUGCUAGAGUCCCAGCAGAGCUACGAGACCGAGUGGGACAUGAUCAACGCUGUGUCAUUCAAGAAGAAAGCCUGCACCAACGGAGAAAACGGCGCUCUGAACCACAGCCAUGAGCGGAGCAGGUGGGCGUUCGCCUUCAGCCUCAGUGAGCUGAGCACCAUCACCGUGAAGGAGGAAGGUUGGACUGUCAUCUUCUUCCAACUGAAGGAGUCGUCCUCGCUGCCUCCUCUGCACUUCCACCAGGGCGGCAGCAUCGAGUUCCUGGACUACCUGAGGAGGUUCGCUCUGCUCAGCCAGGCUGCAGAUGAUGGCUCGUGUCUGACGGUCAGUACUCCAAACAAAGCUCUGUCUCAGUCCUUUGAGAACCUGCUGGACGACAACAACUUUGGCCUCGUGAACAAGUUUAAGAAGGACCCGUACGUCACCACAUUGGGAGGCUUCUCCAAAGUCACCAACUACAUCUUUGACGCCUUCCGGGGGACAGAGGAGCAGCACCAGCGCCCCCCAGAGGAGGUGGCCGACCUGCUGGGAGAGGUGAUCCCCGGGCUGGAGAUCAACCAGCAGGAGGAGCCGGGCUUCGAGGUCAUCACCCGGAUUGACCUGGGGGUGAGGCCUCAGGUGACGAGGGUGGGGCCUCUGUCAGUGGAGGACUGGACCAAACACCAGGACCAGGAGGGCAGGAUGACCGACGUCUCCCGCCUCAAACGCGCCAUCUUUAAAGGGGGUUUAUGUCACGCUUUGAGGAAGGAGGCCUGGAAGUUUCUGCUGGGAUACUUCCCCUGGGAGAGCACACUGGAGGAGAGGAAGGCCCUGCAGAGGAACAAAACGGAUGAGUACUUCAGGAUGAAGCUGCAGUGGAAGUCAGUGAGCGCUGAACAGGAGAGAAGAAACUCCAAACUGAGAGACUACAGGAGUCUGAUUGAGAAAGACGUGAAUCGGACCGACAGAACAAACCGCUUUUAUGAAGGCAUCGAUAACCCCGGGCUGGUCCUGCUCCACGACAUCCUGAUGACCUACUGCAUGUUUGACUUUGACCUGGGCUAUGUGCAGGGUAUGAGCGACUUGCUGUCUCCAAUCCUCUACGUGAUGGAGAACGAGGUGGACGCCUUCUGGUGCUUCGUCUACUUCAUGGACCAGAUGCACCAGAACUUUGAGGAGCAGAUGCAGGGCAUGAAGACUCAGCUGAUCCAGCUCAGCUCUCUGCUCAGACUGCUCGAUGUCUCCUUCUGGAACUACCUCGAGUCUCAGGAUUCAGGCUACCUGUACUUCUGUUUCCGAUGGUUACUGAUCAGAUUCAAGAGAGAGCUCAGCUUCCAGGACGUGCUGCGACUGUGGGAGGUGAUGUGGACCGGGCUGCCCUGUCAGAACUUCCACCUGCUGGUCUGCUGUGCCAUCCUGGACUCUGAGAAACACAAGAUCAUGGAGGAGAACUACGGCUUCAACGAGAUCCUCAAGCAUAUAAACGAGCUCUCAAUGAAGCUGGACAUCGAAGAAAUCCCAGAGUCGGAGGGGAUCUGUCUGCAGAUCAAGAGCUGUAAGGACCUCCCUCAUGCGGUCAGUGUGAUCCUGGGCUUCGACUCCAGCGUUGGCAUCUCUGAGUCGUCGGCUGGCGCCUCAUCUCCCUCUGUCGGAGCGUCUCUGCGAACGGACGCCUGCUCUAACGGACACUUGAGAGAAACAAGCUCUCACACCAACAGUUGUAAAGUGGCCUUCAUAUCGUAGUGAACAGAGACUGACUGAGGUGUCAGAGGAGGGGGGCCGACCCCCAUCCCCUCCAGUCAGGAGGAGGAAAAUGUAUAAAAGGAAUUGAGAUUAUUAAGAAUCUUAUUUUUGUAAUUUCUUGUACCAUAUUGUCUCUUUGAUUCAGUCAUUCCUUCUCUGCUGAUGAUGCUCUCCAUACUCCAUCAGAAGGGGGGGGGGGGGCAUUAUUAUGUGUCUGGACAGGAGAAGCUAACAGGAGAGGCUAACAGGAGAAGCUGAGACAGAAAGCAGUGUUAUGAAUCUUUCUUCUGAAAAUGAUUCAUAAGUCUUCACAAUAAAGAGCUGGUGUUCAAUCAUAA